AUGGCGGCAGAUUUGUAAUGAAUUGGCAUUGGUUGAACUCUUGAACUCGAGUUGAAGAAUACGACAAUAGAUACAUCAAAAGGAAGGACAAUAUUCCAAUGAGGAUCCUUGUUGUGAGCCAUUUCUCGUAAAUCUCCAAACAAUAAUUACAUCUGAAAGGCGAUGCCGCAGAGGGCUCGCCUGUUCUCCUGUAGAUUCUGUCACCACCCGUUCUACAGCCAGCACAGAUUGGAGACCCACGAACGCAUCCACACAGGCAAUAAGCCCCAUCAAUGCCCUCUCUGUUACAGGGCCUUCACCCAAGCAAUGUACCUCCGAUUUCACCUAGAACAGAUCCACGGUGGCUCACAGGAGCAGGCCGAAGUCAUGGUCCAUUCGGUGUCAAGUCUACAAACCAGUACAGUCCUCGAUGCUGUUGUUGGUGCCGAAAACGAGAGGACUCAACAUUUUAACAGAAGUAUUGAUUUACAGCAUGAGACUUCCUGUGGUAUGGAAGAGGAGAGUAUGACUCUUCCCCUCGACCGGAGGAUCAAGCAAGAAUCAUCUCCUGAACCCGUAGCAGAUAUAAUGGACUUUGCCCCACUCUUCCUUGUUGAGGACUUAUCUGUCGAUGCAAUGAACCAGCCAGUGACUUCCAUUGAUGUCAGCACCAGCUAUGAAACCAGCUCACAGCGUUCACUACAAUCCAGCUUCUCUUCACGUGACAACUCUGGCCUACCCCUUAAAGAUAAAGAACUCAAGGUUAUCUUUAAGUCCAAGGACAUCACUGGCUCAGAUCAUCAGCCCUCUGACGCUGAAGAUACAUGUAGAGCUGACUCGGACCAUCUGCCCUCUGCUAGCAAAGCUAAAGCUGACUUAGAUGAUGUAGAGUUUCCCAUUCCAAGAAAGAUCAGGAAGCAACAGACGCCCCAGAAGACCAUCCUUGAUGACGAAGGGAUGGAGACAGGUGUCACAGGUUUCAUGGCCCUUUGCAGCGAGUCUCCACCUUGCCUGAUACCCAGUGAGACACAUGAGAAGAAACAGGGAUCCCCCAGCCCUAAAGACCACUCAAACGCUGCUUCUUGCCAAGCAACAUCUUUUGAAGACGAUGCCAAUCAUGGAACUUCAUCGGCUGAUCAGGUUUUUGAAAAGACUGGUAACACAUCUCAAUCUUGCCAAUCUAUUGUACAUGAUACCCAAAUUCAUUCACAUAAACAUAAGUCAGGUGCUGUCAUGCUAGGCACUCCCAAUCUUGUGGAGAGUAAUUGUGAUGACGUUGGUUUUUCUAUCUUGCCUGAAGUCCCACGAAAGAGAAAGAUAUUGACGUGUGACCUCUGCGAUGAAACGUUUACGGGUACCUUGUUCCUCAGAUCCCAUUUCCGAGUUGUACAUGGGGCAGAGAUUAUAGGAAUUGACAGUGAUGAUGAUUGCGCUACAGAUCAAGAAAAGGCAGAGGAAACAUGUGAGAGUAAUGGUGCAGUUAAAUUUCCAAUGCCCAAGAAAGCAAAAAAAUGUGAUGUAGUUUCUAAGCGAGGAAAAAAGGGACGAGGAAGACCCAAAGGGUCUAAAAAUAAGCCUCAAGGUUCCAAAGAAAGCGCUUCAUUGCAUAUUGGCAACAACAAGGCAAAGGUGAGAGUAAAAACAGAAUACACCUCGGAAUCCAGUAAUUCUUCCACCGUUCCAAGGGCAGGUCAAAAAAUAGGAAGACCUCCCAAGUAUAAAAUUCAGUUAAAUUCAAUCCAUGUGGAGCCAUCAAAAACUGGCUCCGUGCAGCCAAAUUUGCCCUAUGCGCCAUCCCCCCAGUCAAUCACAAACUCUGUCAUUGGCACCCUUAUGAUUCAACCUUUGAAGUUUUCCAAUGAGGAGUUGGAGCCAUUUAUAGAGAACAACCUUGAAAAGGAAAGAAAGAACCCAGGUAACAUGUCCGGAGCUUUCAAAUGUGAAAUAUGUACAAAAGAGUUUGUCCGAAAGGAUGAUCUCCGACGCCACAUCCGCUCGCACACAGGGGAGCAACCCUAUGCCUGUUCCACCUGUGGUAGAAAAUUUGGGGAUUUCGCUCACCUACGGGACCACGAAAGACUACAUUCUGCUUCUAAAGAGUAUGUUUGUAAAGUAUGUGGCAUGAGAUUUGCCCAAUCAAGCGGGCUUUAUUCACAUUCUCGGACACAUGAAAAAAGACAGUAUGGUUGCAGGGUGUGCUCUAAGAAAUUCACACGCAAGAGCGAUGUGCAGCGCCAUCUGCGAACCCACACCGACCUCAAACAGUUUCGCUGUGAUAUUUGCCAUCAGAGCUUUGAUUUGGAGCGAUUGCUGGAAGACCAUGCCAAACUACAUUCUGAAGAGAGGAGACACGUCUGCUCAGAAUGUGGGAUGAGGUUUGCAGGACGGAAUGGUUUGCACUCUCAUUUCAAGAUCCAUGUCGACAAGAAAUACGAGUGUGGUGUUUGCUGUAAGAAGUUUGCUCGAAAUUCAGACUGGCAUCGACACAUGAAAACCCAUAAAUGUUGAUAAUAUCCAAGUAGACAUGUUAAAUGAUUAAUUUGUUUUCAUGAACACCAUUGUGAGUAUUUUGACAAAAUUAAUAUUGAGGUACAAUAAAUUGAACUUUAAUAAUGACCAUACACCAUAUAUGUAAGGGGGAUAUCACAAACAUGUCUGUAUGUCCUACAAAC